AUGGCCGCCGCCGAGACGGCGACGGUCUUCAUGGAGACGAGCCUCGGCACCCGCCUCGUCCUCUCCUUCCCCGCCCGCGCCACCACCGUCGCCGACCUCAAGCGCCAAGUGAGCGCGGAGCAUGCCGCGUGUUUCCCCCGCACCGGGCCAAUCGCCGUCUCAUCCUUGCAGAUUGAGCUGGAUGGUUCCUGGUUUCAGCUCACUGAUUCCGUGGUCGUGGAAGCUGCUUUCGAGUGGGUCAAAGGGCCAAGGCGCCUCCUGGUUGAGGCUCACGAGCUUCGUCCUCAUCCACCUGCUUGCAAGGAUACCAAGUGUGGAACUGCUGAUGCUGAACCAAAUGCGGGCCAUUCAGUCGUCGCUGAGGACUCCUUGCAGUACAUGUUACCUCCUGCAGAGGCACCAGGAGGUGGCAAUCAUGCCUCAGGCAAUGGCGUCAGUGACAUCCGACAGCUGAAGAACCAGCAGGAUAAAGUUGUUGAGCAUGCUUUAUGUCAGCACGAAGAUGGAAUUACUAUGCCUCAAGAAAGUUCAGAUAUUGAUUUAGCCAUUGGCGACAGCGGCACUGGCACCCCACUGGCAAACCAGGAGGACAAGCCUCAGGAAUGUCUUGAGCAUGUCUCUCGCCAACUCGAAGAUGGAAUUGGCAUGUCUCAAGAAAGUUCACAUUGUGAUUUAGCCACAGGUGACAGUGACACCUCACUGACAAACCAAGAGAACAAACUUCAGGGAUGUGUUGAGCAUGCCUCUGUUCAGCUCGAAGAUGGAAUCACCAUGCCCCAAGAAAGUUCACAUUUUGAUUUAGCCACAGGCACCAAUAACACCCCACUGCCAAACCAGGAGGACAAACUUCAGGGAUGUGCUGAGCAUGCCUCUGUUCAGCUCGAAGAUGGAACAACCAUGCCUCAAGAAAGUUCACAUUUUGAUUUAACAACAGGCACCAAUAACAGCCCUCUGCCAAACCAGGAGGGCAAACUUCAGGGAUGUGCUGAACAUGCUUCUGUUCAGCUCGAAGAUGGAAUCACCAUGCCUCAGGAAAGUUCACAUUUUGAUUUAGCAACAGGCACCAAUAACAGCCCACUGCCAAACCAGGAGGACAAACUUCAGGGAUGUGCUGAGCAUGCUUCUGGUCACCUUGAAGAUGGAAUCACCAUGCCUCAGGAAGGUUCAGAUUCUGAUUUAGCAGCAGGAGGUAGUGACACUCUACCAAUGGACCAACAUGACAAAUUUCAUGAUGGCGCUGAGCAUGCUUCAGCUCACAGUGAAGGUAGAACUACCAUGCCCCAAGAAAGUUCAGAUCUUGGUGUAGCAGAAGACAAAGGGAAUGAUCGUGCUGGGGAUCAACAAAAAGACAUCAUCAUGGAGCCAAGAGGGAAGAAACGGUUUAGGGAGGAAGAUGAAGCUGACAGAAACAUCGAUGUGAACUGUGAUGACAAUCUUUCCCAUUUUGUUAGCCCCACACCUAAGUUUGUGUCUGAGAAAAAGAGCAGUAUGAUUGAGCAAGCAAAAUUGGACAGUGCCCCCUUGCUGUAUAAUUUGGAUGAUUCCUCACAUGGUUUAUUGGUAAAACCCUCUGGUGGCCAGAAGGAACAAUGGACAUCUGGUGUGUGCAGUGAAGGAAGCAUCAACAAUAGACCAGCUAUUCCACCUUGUGCUGAGUCCAUGGGAAAAGAUAAGUGUUCAGACAAAGAAGUGAUGACACAGAUAGGUGACAAGGAGGAACCUCAGAUAGCUGGGUGCACAGGCAAUAAGAGGCCAGCUUCCAAUGUCCAUUUUCUCAACAAAGGGGAAAGUGAAAGGGCCACAUCAUCUGUGACCAAAGAACAUGAGCCUUGUUUCAGAAGAAGGCACCACCGGGUUGCUGUGCGUAAAGUGUCUAUGAGCAGGGCAAUGAAGGUAUAUCCUUUCAGGUGUCCUGAUCAUGUUUUGAUAGCCCUAUCCAGACUCAGUGGUUUGAAGCUUAGUUCCAGAAAAUACUGCUUCACCUAUAAUGUGAACAUCCCCCAAGAGGGAGGUGUUGUCCCCCAAGAGGGAGUAUGGCUAGUUUGGGCACAAAACAACCUAAUAAGACCCUUGAGAACACUUGGAAACCGCUGGAUAAGUUUUAGUUUGAUCUCACAUGGACGAUGUGUACAAGAACAUGUUGCUGAGAAAGCUGUAGAACAGACAGAGAAUGGGAAAUGCUUUUGGGUACAACUUAAGUAG